AUGUUCCUCGUGUCCACCAUAUCCGCUGUGCCUGGGCCUCUUUCACCUCCUAGCUCUUCUAGCAACAGCAGCCAGGAGGAGCUACUGGAUGACCGAGACCCACUGCUAGUCCGGGCUGAACUGGCCCUGCUUUCUACCGUCUUUGUGGCUGUGGCCUUGAGCAAUGGCUUGGUGCUGGGAGCCCUAAUACGACGGGGCCGGCGUGGACGCUGGGCACCUAUGCACGUCUUCAUCAGUCAUUUGUGCCUAGCUGACCUGGCUGUGGCUCUGUUUCAAGUGCUGCCCCAGCUGGCUUGGGAUGCCACUGACCGCUUCCAUGGCCCUGAUGCCCUGUGUCGGGCCGUCAAGUACCUGCAGAUGGUGGGCAUGUAUGCCUCCUCCUAUAUGAUCCUGGCCAUGACACUAGACCGCCACCGUGCCAUCUGCCGCCCUAUGCUGGCAUACCGCCAUGGAGGUGGGGCUCGCUGGAACCGGCCAGUGCUGGUGGCCUGGGCCUUCUCACUCCUUCUCAGCCUGCCUCAGCUCUUCAUUUUUGCUCAACGAGAUGUGGGAAAUGGCAGUGGAGUAUUUGAUUGCUGGGCCCGAUUUGCAGAGCCCUGGGGCCUUCGUGCCUACGUCACCUGGAUUGCCUUGAUGGUAUUUGUAGCACCUGCCCUAGGCAUUGCUGCCUGCCAGGUUCUUAUCUUCCGAGAGAUUCAUGCCAGUCUGGUGCCAGGGCCAUCUGAGAGGGCAGGGAGGCACCGCAGAGGGCACCGGACAGGCAGUCCCACUGAAGGAGCCCAUGUGUCGGCAGCCAUGGCCAAGACUGUGAGGAUGACACUGGUGAUUGUGAUUGUCUACGUACUGUGCUGGGCACCCUUCUUCCUUGUGCAGCUGUGGGCAGCGUGGGACCCAGAGGCUCCUCUGGAAAGGCCUCCCUUUGUGCUGCUCAUGCUGCUGGCUAGCCUUAACAGCUGUACCAACCCCUGGAUCUAUGCUUCCUUCAGUAGCAGUGUCUCCAAAGAGCUGCGCAGCCAACUUUGCUGUGCUCAGAGGCAUACCACACCCAGCCUGGGGCCUCAAGAUGAGUCCUGUGCCACGGCCAGCUCCUCUCUGACCAAGGAUACUCCUUCCUGAGCAGCCACUGGGCUCCUUCCAUUCAAAGGCUCCCUGUAGGCUCAGAUGACUGUCUGAGGUUGGCCCUGGGAACACCAAGAGAGGGGUACCUUGGCCAUCUUUGAUCCUCCCUAGAUCUCAUUGUCCCCAGGUAUGC